AUGAGCAAAGUUGCUAAUAAAGCUGUUGCCUUUAUCAACAGGAACACUCUUCCCACUAUUGUAUCCGAGGAGCUGGACCUCGACGCAUGCUACAAGGACGACGAAAUAGUGGUUAAGAUUCACGCAGCAGGACUGAAUCCAGUGGAUUUCGCUCUUCAGUUUUUUGCCUACCCUUGGCUUGUCAAUAAACAGCCCAAGGCGUAUGGAAGAGAUUACAGCGGUGAAAUUGUCAGAGCUGGCAAAAAUGUGAAAAACUUUGAGGUUGGUGAAAGGAUUACUGGCAUGUUCAAUCACUUCUUUGGUAAACAGGGCUCCUUGAGCAAUUAUCUCGUUUUCAGUCCUGACAAGCACCCCGCAACCGUCAAGAUGCCUGCGUUCAACGAUGCGAAAUACGACGACUACGUGUUGAACGCGGCAUGGCCGUUGGUUUUUAGCACUGCGCACCAGGUCUUGAUGGGCGGGUCUCGUCCAAAACUGGGGCCCAAGUCCAACAUCCUUGUGAUCGGAGCCAGCACGGCGGUCUCCAAUUCUUUUGUUCAAAUUGCCAAAAAUCAUUUGGAAGUUGGUAACGUGGUUGGUAUUUGCUCUGCGAAAUCCUUUGAACACAACCAAGCUCUUGGGUUUGAUCAUUUGGUCGCGUAUGAUGAGGGAAACACGGUGUCCCAAGUCAAAGAACUGAUCAAAAAUGAACUCAACAACGAGAAAUUCGAUCUAAUAUUUGACUCGGUUGGUAGCAGUGACUUUUUCGGGUCCAUUGACGACGUUCUGAAGCAUAAAAGUGAAAACUCCUAUUACCUGACCAUUGUGGGCGACCAUAAAAUGGACUACAACAAUCUCAAUUUUAUGAAUGCUAUGCCUGGGUGGGAGAGCUUGAAAAGGUUGGGCCCUUUCCGGAGGUACAACUUCCAAAGUAUCUUGUGUAAAGAGGAUUCCGAUAGUGUAAAGCUCGCUUCUCAAUUAAUCGCGGAGAAGAAAUUUAAGCCUGCCAUUGAUUCGGUUUACGACUUUGAUCAGUACUCAGAGGCGUUGAAAAAACUCAAGUCGAAUAAGACCAAGGGCAAAGUUGUGGUCAAAGUAACUUGA